GUGCGUUCUGUUGAUGCUUACAGAGUGCCGAAUGGUCGAGCGUCAUUCAGUAUUAGUCGGCCGCUCCCGGGGAGACGGUGCCUUUCGCCUUCUUUUUCUCCCUCUUGCCUCUCUUUUUUUUUUUAUUUCCCCAGUUUCGCGACACGCCAGCUAGCCAGCCAUCCAGCACCGUUUCUCGCGAUUAUUUUCGUUCGACUAAUUAUGCGCGCACACGCGCUCUCCUGUCUCCCUCCGAGUCUCGCGUUUAGAGCGAUCUAGUCUAGUGCCGCGACCGGUUCCGUCGAAUCUCAGCGCCCGACGAUCGUCUCCCGGCUAGACCCCCCCUCUCCCCCCCCCCCCCCGCCCGACGUGUCCUCUUGCGGAAAACACCCUUAUUGUUCGGAAAAUCAGCAAACAAUCCGUGAAACCACGAAGAAGGAUCGUAGACAAGAGGAAAAGAAACGCCGCUUCUCUUUUUCUUUCGCUCGACGCUGGUGGUGAAUCACGUACGACGUACGAUUGGGCGGAGACUACACACACCACCGGAAACGGGAAAGAGAGUAAAUUUGGUGGUGAAGAAGCGGGCAACGCGAGACGAGCGAGUUCUAAAGGCGGGGAACUGUGCGCUCCUCUCUCUCUUUCUCUCUCACUCUCUCGGUUGUCGCGCGGAGACGCAGCGUGGUGCCGUCACGGCUUAUUUUGUGGCUAACGGAAAAACGUGGGACGACCGGAUCUAAACGUGACACCGCGCCGUGCACGUACGCCGUCCGUGGCGCGGCGCUUGUCACGUUCGCUUUUUCGAAAGAGAAAAAAAAGAUCGAGCAGUCCCCUCCCCCCCCCCCUCACCCCUCUUCAGGCAAGCGACCGUGGACGACAACGCGACCCACAAUAUUUUUCGUCGCUUCACUCGAAACUUAGAGGUCAGAGUUUACCAAGAGUCGUUCUCGCGUCGUCGAGCCGUGGCGCAGAAGUGGACGGUGAGUCUCGGAGGAAAGAGAACAGCAGUCGCCCGCGAGUCUACCUUGACUCGGAUCUUUCCAAGGAAAAAGCGGAAGUUAACCUUCUGUCUCCUUUUGUGCCUCCUCGAGAUCUCUGGUCAAGGUGAAUAAACCGGGGGGCCGCUCGCAGGACCGCUCGAACAAAACUACCGCUGUUCGCUGGCCUGGCGGGUAAUCGUACCGUGAAAUUGUAUCUCUCGGAGGGGCGGAAACAUGUAAUCCCGCGGAUCGAUCGAUGAUCGUCGAUCUGCGACGACGACGACGACGAUGAUGCACCUUCAGUCUCCCUCACGAGUGGUGGUCGGGAUUGGAAUAGUCUUGCGAUUCGAUUUGGCCAGCGAGUCGGACGACGAAUAACAACGCAACGUUGUCGAGAGGAAAAAGAAAAGAAAAGAAAGAGUGAAAAAAAAAGAUGAACUCCUGUUUCCCGCAUUUGGCGAUACUGAACUCGCGGACUGCGAACAAAACGAGAGACCGGCUCGGCGAUGAGUGUAACGUCGUAAACGCCGAGGACACCCGGAUGCGAUCGAGGACUCCGACGUUACCGGAAAAGAAUGACAUUUUCCAAGACUUGGAUCUGUAUUACGUUCGACAGAUUGCACGAAACUCGAAGGAGCAUGACCUCGAGCAGAAGAUCGAGGUGGAAAUCAAGAUGAGGGAAGGUUCGGCGAGACUUCUGGCGGCUGCGAAGCAUCGCGCCCAAACUUUGGAAGCCGCCAAGGCGUUGCUCACGUCUAACGAGAGGAUGUCGGUCUACAUGGCGGAAUUGCAAACCCGUCGCCGCGAAUCUACCAAACAAUUCAGUUCUGGAAGUACGGGCAAGUUGUCGAUCUCAGAUCUUAGGAUACCAUUAAUGUGGCGAGAUUCCGAUCAUUUCAAGAAUCGCGGUGAUCAUCGUCGAUUCGCCGUAUUCUGCUUGGCACGAUUGGGCACAGAAAUUCACGACACCUCUUUGCUGUGCCCUAUCGACAGAGCUCAUACGGAUCUUAGCUUUCCCGAUGUUUUAAUAUUUAAUAAUGUGCCAGCCGAUUUUGAAUUAGUCUUAGAAAUCUAUAGUUAUGUUUUGCAAGAGGACUUGAGUAUCGCCAGUACGCCGAGAAGAAUUAAAAAGACGAUUCACUCGUCGAUCUCGAAAACUGUCGGCAAGAAGCUCGCUGCUUCGCUUCGUGAUGAAUUCGGUUCCGCCAAAUCUGGACCACACUUUGAUUUGGUAGCCCGCGCAAAACUGACCUUAGACGAUACGGACGAUAACACUCACACGCACGACCUCGUUAUUAAUAGCGUUGAGAACAAGUACCACUCCCUACCGCUUUUCGGUCACUUUUGCUGUCGACUGGCGGUACAGCCAGAAUGCAUGAAUAAGGAAAUGUGCAUUGGCAAUGUGAAAGUAGACGGUCAAGAACAUUGGGUACGUUUACAAGGAUCUUUUAUAAAAAUCUGGGAAUCGAAAAAGCAUGCGGAAGAAGGUCAAAAUCCGGAACGCACGAUACCUAUUAAUAAAAGGACAAUCAUUUACCCGUCCAAAUCUUCCGGCAAAGAACUUCUGAUAAAUAAUUCUGGUAAUAGUACGGAAAAGUUAUUAUCGAUUAAAUUUGAGUCAAAGGAGGAAGCUCAGAAAUGGUCCAAGAUUUUAUUGAUACACAUAAAUGAUCAUUCGAAAUGGAAGCAUGCCGCGGAAGUUAUUCAAAGGGUGUCUAGCAUUGAAAGCACGAGAAAUUCUUUCAUUAGUAAUAAAAGACAGGGCUCCUUAUAUGACGAGACACCUUUGAUAGAAUCGAUCCCUGAUUACUCAUCCGCAAGACCUACCGUACAAACGAUCUUUGAUCUCACACCUAGUACUAGUCUAAGCAGUUGUAGUUCCACGAACAGCCUAACGAGCCUACGUUCACGUUCCCUGAGUAUCAGUGGGGUAUUCAAACAAGGUGCCAUUUCUUUAAAGCCCCACUUAACUUCCACUAAUAAAAAGACAUAACGAUUUUAUAACUCUUCAAAGAAUCAACAAGUGCCGAGUUAGGACAGAUACUAAAAUUUUUCAAUUUUGACUUGAGACUCAUGUUUAAACGUAAACAUUUUACGCAGCCUUUAAUUGGCGAUUGAAAUGGAAAGAUUGAAUAUACUUAUCAGAUUAAGAGUGGGUCAACAUUGUUCACCGUAGAAGGAUCUUGGUGCAGGGAAAAUUUUAAUUUGGCUGAUAGUGUAACACGUAAUAAUUCGAUAUGUGUAUGGACAGUUUAGUGGAUAGAUUUAUACAGUACAAAAAAUAUUGAUUAAACGACUUCUCAUUUUUUCUUUUCUACUUUUAUAAUGCGAAAUCUUAUAUAACGCUAAAAGUACAAGAGAAUAGCCUUAUUAUGUAAUACAUUUAACGAAUCGCUAGGAAAUAUUUAGAAACAUUGCAAUAUUUAGUAUGGCUGUAACAAGAUACACAUAUAUAUAUUUAUAUAUAUGGUAUAUAUUUAAUGUAAUAAUAUAUGACUAUAUAAAUAUAGUUACCUAAACAUAAUUUACUCUUUCAAGUAUCCCGCAAUUUCUGUAUGGAUUUAGAUUUUAUUAGACUAAAUUAUUUUUUUUUGCGUUAUGUCAAUAUGAUAAAAUUAAGGAUAUUCUACAUAAAAACACUGUUUAUGAACUGUAUCAAUAAUUGUGAUCAUAUAUAUUUUUAUAAGUAAAAAUAUUAGUUUACA